CCUUCAUCUUACCGCUCAUUUCAGGCAGCUUAUCCCUGACUAUGUGUGGCAGCUAAUUUUGAACAGUAUCCGGCUAGCGGUUAUUAGCAAGCCAACAGCUAGUUAGCAGUAGACCGUGCUAAUGCUGUUUUUUCCACAAGUUGAUGCCUCUCAAAUGCCAGCGAUUCGUGUGAUCUUUAAAAGGUGUCCCUGAGAGUCGCAGCCCUGCAUUCCAAAAAGGAAGACGAGUGCUUCACCAUGAGCUCAGAAGAUGGUGACGUGGAGAACCAGGCUGAGCUGGAGGAGAAGACCAGGCUCAUCAAUCAAGUGUUGGAGCUUCAGCACACUUUAGAGGACCUCUCUGCUCGAGUGGAUGCUGUAAAAGAAGAGAAUCUGAAGCUGAAGUCGGAGAACCAGGUUCUGGGUCAGUACAUUGAGAACCUCAUGUCGGCUUCUAGCGUCUUUCAGACCACCGACACCAAGAGCAAACGAAAGUAAGGAGAACUUCAGAGAGCCUUGAUCUUAACCCACCCCUCCACCUUCCCUCAACUGCAUCCAGACUGUCCCGGAGGACUGGACUCAUGGACCCUUUAAUACUUCCUAAACCUGUUUCUGUCUCUAAACAUGUCUGUAAAUAUGGGGAUAUGUUGUUCAUGUAAUGUGGCCACUAGGGGCAGUGUUGUGUUCAUAAAAACAGAAUGUAUAUGAAAAGAAAGGAAGGGAGGGACGAAAAGGAGCUGCGCGUUAAUAUUUAACUUAACUCAUCAGCAGACGCAUACUUGAGGGUUGUGUAAGGUGGCCACAGCUGGCCUGAAACCUCUUCUUACAUCUGAAUGCAAACAUGAGUUUUCCUGAAGUAGGUGUGAGUCAGAGUUAGAGGAGUGUAAAUUCAGCAGAGGAAAAAUACUUUGCUGUGUUCUUCCAAAUUAAUGAGAUUUAGCUUGUAAAGUAUUUGCCCCCUUUCUGAUUUCUUCAUUUUUUUUUUCAGAUCAUCAAACUAAUUUUAAUUUGUGGACGUUACAGUUACGUCAGUGCAGUUAUGUUUGCAUUCUGGUCGCAGAAAAACAGGAAGUGGGUGAGAGGGAACAGGUGAGGUGCCUGGAAUAAGUAAAAAAAAAAAAAAAAAAUCAUCAGUCACUUUUAUAGAAUACUGUUGAUGUAAACACUUGUAGAAAGAAACCCGACUUAUUCAGACAUGUAAAACAGGCUUUUCAUUUAAGCAAGGAUAAGUGCACUGAGUUUCAGAACAGCCGUGUGGUAGGAACGACAGUGCUGAUGUCAUAUUUACACACAAAGCCUUUUAGUCUUCAGUUAUGUGUCUGAUGGAACGGGUCAGCUGGCUGUAUGACGGCUCUGUCUUUGCACCAUAUUCAUAUAUUCAGGCAUUUUUGCACACAUACAAAGUAAACACAAACAUUAUAUCUUCCUCUGGCCCUUUGUGUAGCGCCUCAGUUCAUCCUCUGAAACAAGCUGUUUGAACUGUCUGGAUAUGCUUCCGCCUUCAGGAAGCCUGCUGAGGGGCAGCACGCAGUUCUUGUGAGCUGUGCUGCAUGUACUGUCGUGGGUGUCUUGCACCUGGAGCUGACGGCUAAAUAAAUGUUUGAUUUUAUAUGACUGUUAUGUCAGUUUGACAUAAAAAAAAAUAAAAAUCAGUUGUAACAGUAAAACAAACUGAUAGACUUUCAGUCAUUUCGAUUAUGCUACACUUCAUGGAGACCUUGUUCCACAGAAAGGCGUUACCAUAGAAUUUAUUUUGGAUUGGAACGGGCACUGGUCAGAAGAUGCUUUGGAAAGCAGCGGUGAUGUUACUGUUCCUCCCACACAAAAAGAAAAAUGUCCACAGCACAGUCGUUGGUGAGUUGAAAUGUUUACGCUAAAUUCUGCGUUCUCCUCGGGAUACUGCUCGUGUGUUCCACUGAUGGUCGGACGGGAGCACAGUGAGGAGAGUGACCUGAGGGAAUGGGGAGCACAAGAGGUGAAAUACCUUCUUUUUAGUUCUUAGUCAGUAUUGCUGCCAUUGCUAUGGGUCCAGCAGAUCUUAGAAUGUGUAGUCUUGUUACAAACUCAGCUCCGUGUAAAAUCCUCUUUGUCAUUUCAGUGUGAUGUCACUUUUUCUUUUGUUGCUGCUUCUCUCGGGUUGGGAGUGAGCACCGCUGACACUGUUCGAGGUCAGAGUUAAAACCAUGACGUGUCACUUUGGUUUGAGCCUGUAUGUGCUGAAUGGACUUGACACUGAUCGACGAAGCCUCUCUUUAACCAUGUUGUUAACAUUUUGUUCUGUUGCCAAUGUGAAAGACUUAGUUUAAUAAAGUAAUGAUCUUUUGGUGACAUGUUUGUGAUAUUUGGCGUUCAUUGGUCAUCCAUCUGUAUGUUUGAACAGCAGCUAAAACAGGCACCAAUACAAGUGUGAUUGCUGGAUUACUGUUUUCUGAUUUCUUAAGCACGUCUUUCAGAUUCUGUUCAUCUGCUGUUUGUGGCUUACCAAGGAAAAAAAAAAACAACUCAGGAACUGUUCGGGUACGAGGAGACUGAAAAUUAAAUCUAGAUCAGUAUCAGUGGUAGAUUAAGCUACUUCCUGUGCAGCUCUGUAGCAUCAGACUAUAGAGCUGCAAAAAGCUCUCACAGAUACAGCGCGUAUCUGCUAGAUACACACAAUAAUUAUGAAUUCUCAGUGUUCUUUUGUUUUUUGUUCGCAUUACAUAAAAUAAAAUGUCACAAUAUUUUGAUAGCAUAAAGCAACACCGGUACAGCUGAUCCAGGUGUCUGUCACACCUGGAUCACAUGUACAACCAGAUGACACUUGAGACCUGUGCCAAUUGUUUGAGCAUCAAACUAAAGAACACUGAGCUUCAAAGUGACCUGUUUGGCAGUUGUGCGUUUGCAGUACUGUAUUAUAUGGACUUUGAAGAACCUGUUUUUGCAGUUUUGUUUUUCAUGUGAAUGUAGAUCAGAACAAAACGAGCUGAAAUGAAAUCCUCAAAAGACAACUCGAUGCCUGACACAUUUCUUUAUUUGUAACAAAAAUUAGAAUAGUGCAAUAAAUAACUCACUGAGUAGCUCUGGUGUUACAUUAGUAAAGUGUUCGGGUGGAGUAUCUUUAAGCAGCUAAUCUGAGCCACCACCGUGGUUAAUUUGGUCGCUUCCAUCCAUCCAUCCUUACUCGUUACACUCAAAAACAGCCAGUUUAGGCACUUCAUGUAAACCUGCUUUUAGAAGUCCAUGCAGUCAAAGUCUUUGUCCAGCAGGUGGAGCACUUAUUGCACUUUGUGUGAGCGAGAGCUUCCUUUGUCUCUGUGGUCGUCAAACUUUAAUGAGUAUCUGACAGACAGGAAAAGAGUGAAUGUUAAGCAAACCAUAGCUGCAGAAGACCACACACACACACACACAAGCUGCUGAUACCAUCACCUGCCACUGCCUGGCUUAUAGUUGAUGUAAACAAGAGCUUUGUGUUCACAGACUGAUUUGUCUUUAGAUUUCGGGCGCCCGCAGUUUUGCACACGCCACUGUUUGUGAUAGAUUUUUAAAUGGAUAUUUUAAGUAGUAUUGCUGCAUUACCUUUUUUUUAAGAGAGGUUACAUUUUUUCACGUUUACACUGAGGUUUGUAUUUCAUUGACUUUGUGACCAAACCUGUUCCAGUUUAAAAAAAUAUUAGUUCAGACGUGUGCUUUAAGUGGAACACCUUGGUGCGCCUCUGUAUAGCUUCAAUCAAACCCUGAGGAGGAGUUCAGUCAGUCAAAGUGUGUGAAACUGGUUUGUGUAGCUAGACAAAGGCGUUUGCAGCAAUGGCUUCUUUCUGGUACUGUCACAGGAAGAGCAUGAGGUCAGACUGGUUAAAGAACAAAGCUUCAUACAUGAAUGGAUUUGUGCUUAUCCACCUGACUUGGUUUUAAUGAAUGAUCCUGUUUAAGUAGUUGCCAAGGUUCUGUCUCAGACCAUGGGCCUUCAGUACACUCUGUGGGGGUUAGCCGCCAUGUGUGAGGUGGAUGGGAUGAGAGCUAGUAGUAUCUCUGCUGGAAAAUGGAGGAUUCCUUCCUUUAGGUUGGGAGUAGAGUUGCUGUGUGAUGGUAAAAUGAAAUGUUUGUACUGACCAGGAAAAACUUGUCUGUCACAGUCUGUCCACAUGCUGUAUGGAGGUCAAAGUUAAGCUAGUGCUAUUUUGUGUCAAAAGUAGCCAGAUGAGGUCACAAAGAUUCAGAUAUUGAUGAAACUCUGGGAGACACUCAAACUGUUGCUUAGCUGCUAGCACUGCUGUGAGCUGACCGCAGGGGUUCUUAAAGGGCUUUAGAGGUGCGUGUUAACAGUCAGUAACCUGAAUGAUACAAAUCCAAUGAAUAAAACCAACCAGGUGAGUUAGUACAAAAAUAUUCAAGCAUGAACUGCAAAUGUACAUCAUGAUCAGCUGGUCUAACCACGCUUCACACGACAGGGAAGAACUUUUUCUAUGUUAGAUUUCUGUGCAGGUCAAACAGUGGCCAACUGCCCGUCAAGCUGUGCACUUUUUUAGUAGAUCAGAUUUUUUAGUGUGUGUGUGUGUGUGUGUCUAUUUGUUUUUUGAAUUGUUAAUUAACUGAGCAAUGUUUUAAAGCACAUGCAAACACACUUAAUCCAAGUACUUGGGUCAGACCUCACUCAGCAGAGCCCAGACAUCAGAGUCGGAGUGGAUCACCAGGCGUAGCGCAGAGACCGGCUGCAGUGCUGCGUCAAUCUCACCUUCAGCUACUCCAUUCUCAAAUUCACCUGGAAACACACAGCAGUAGUUUGCGUGUGUGUGUGUGUAAAAGCACAGAUGACAGUGUAACUUUCAACAUGUUUACACUUCCUUUUCUCUAAAGGUUUAGUUUUUCACUAAUACUAAAUGUAGAGUACUCAGAUUGCAGGUUACUGCUGUGCUGAAGUGCUGUCUGCAUGGGUGUUCACAGUGACACAGCAUGUUUAAUGUAGGACAAAGAAAAUAAAUAAAAUCCUCAGUACUGGUAAUUUACACCUGAUAUGGGAGGGUGUGAAAUCCAUGACGGGGAUGCGGUCCAAGAAGGGUUCAAUUUCUUUUAAUGGAAAGUAUUAGUUUGACCUUUCUACAGAACUGAACAUUUUUAUAAUCAUUUUAUGUCCGUGAUUUUAGGGAAGAACAAACGGUUUUAAAAAUGGAGUUCCUGAGCAGAAUGGAUUGGAUGUUAUCGAGGGUGAUGUUGGGAAGCUUGUCGCGGGUGUGUGGCACUGGCGGUCAUAUUCUUAGAAAGUGUGCUGAACAGUUGGCAGAUAGUUUGCUACUUCACCUCCAUAGGGUGCCUCCAAUUUGGACUUUGUGUCUGUACCAAAAAAAAAAAAAAAA